AUGGCGUCGGCGAAGAAUGAAGACGAGCAGCCGAAUUACACAUUGGCGGAGAAACUGCGCAUCGUCUUGACCAACAUCACCGUCGAGCCGAUAAUCAUAUGCUAUGUGAUUCCAGGCGUCUUGGGCAGCCUCGCCAUGCAACAACUUUACCUCGAAAAAGCCUGUCGAGUCGAUCUCGCAAUGAACGAGACCAUCUGCGACGCCAUUUCCGUGCACAACUCAAGCGGAUAUCAAAAGGAAGACGAAGCGGAAGUGCAGAAAUACGUCGCUACUAUGUUUUCAUACAAAAAUGUUCUUCAAUCAGUGAUACCAUCAGUGUUGUUGCUGUUUAUUGGAUCGUGGAGUGACAGAUACAACCGGCGUAAACCAUGGAUCAUGCUACCAUUAGUCUGUGAGCUUACAACCGUGAUGGGAUUCUGGUUAACAACAUAUUUCUUCUAUGAAAUGACCGUGAUUUACAACGUGAUCAUCGAUGGCAUUGCACCGGUGAUGUCCGGGGGUGGAUAUGCGUUUGGAAUGGCAUUGUAUGCACACAUCAGUUGUAUUACCACGGAAGCGACUAGGACCGUACGAAUUGGGGCGGCGAAUAUGUUGUGGAGUCUUUGUUAUACUUUGGGAAUGGCUUUAAGUGGAGUUGUGUAUAUUCAACUAGGUUUCUACGGGGUGUACAUUAUUUCAAUUGUUAUAUAUCUAACCGGGUUGUACUAUGGGCACACGUGUGUAGAGGAAGCACCAUGGCCAGAAAAAUCCCAAGACGAAGUAGAAACUAGGAAAAAUCAAAAGAAGAAAAACUUUUGUUUGAUUUUUCAAUUGGAGUCUAGUAAAAGACACUUUUAA